UGCACGGGCUGAGCUGGGCCCCCCGUCCCGGAGUGCCCCCCAACACCGCUGCUGCCCUUCUGGCCUCCGGGCCCGACGGGGAGAUGCUCUGGCUGGACGUCACCCACCGCCCAGGCCAGGCACCCUGGGUGCGGCUCAUGGGUCGGUACCUGCUGCCCUCCUGCAGGCAGUGCUGGCACACCUGUGCUGCCUUUCUGCCCCAGGAAAGGCUCCUGGUCUGCGGGGACCGCCGGGGCUCCCUUCUCCUUUUCUCUUGCAACAGCUCCUCGGAGUGGGCUGCAGAAAGCACCAGCAUUGUCAAUGGUGGCAGUGACCCGGUUGUUGAGGACUCCAGCAACGAGUUGGAGCCCUCUUGCUUGUUGCACAAAGAGGCUUUUCCUCUUGAGUCCCCACUGUCAGUGCUCUUUGGACUCCACGGGAAGACAGGAGUUACUUCAGUGACCAUCCAUGGGGGCUAUAUUUACAGCACUGGCCGGGAUGGUGUCUACCGCCAGCUCCGCUUGUGGGACCAUCAGCUGGAGGUCCUGCAGAAGCACAGGCCCUGCAAAGGGUUGCAGUGGAUUGAGGAGCUGCGCUUCACCUCAGAUGGAGACCUGCUUGUGCUGGGCUUUCAUGCUGACCACUUCGUAGUGUGGAGCACCAGGAUCGGCGAGAAUAUCCACCGCAUCCCCUGUGGGGGUGGGCACCGCUCCUGGAGCUAUUGCAGCAGUCCCUUGGCCGAAAUGUUUGCCUUUAUCAAGUCUGGGGAUGUGAUGCUGUACCACUGUGAGGCUGAGCCCUGCGAGCAGCAAGUGCUGCUGGCAUCCCUGCACGGACGGGAGAUCACCUGCGUGCGGCGCCUGGGGGCUGUGGAGGUGCCCGGCCAUCCCACCUUUAAUGUGUUUGUCACUGGCAGUGAGGACACCACGGCCUGUGUCCUGGUUCUCAGUGAGAACUCGCGGGCAGCUGUUCCCCUUGCCCGCAUCAGUGACCAUAUUUCCAGUGUAAGGACGUUGGCAUUCGCCACAGGACCUGGAGAUGAGGGCUUUGGUGAUGAGGGCUUGUCUGCCCUGCUCUUCACUGCGGGCGGCCGUGCACAGAUUGAGUGCUACCGGCUGCUGUGCACUGGAGACACAGCGUCUGAAAGUGCUGUGGCCUGCCAGGUCAUCCAUGUGGCCUCCCACCGGCUGGACAAGCACUGGGAGCAGAAGAAGAACAGGCACAAGCUUAUCAAGAUGGACCCAGAGACGAGGUACAUGUCCCUGUCGGUUGUGCCUGGGACCAGCACCAAGCAGCUGCCAACAUCCUGGAAGUUCCUGGCUGCUGCUUGCAGUGAUGGAUCAGUCCGGAUCUUUGGGCUGCUGGAGGCUGCUCGGAAGUUGGUGCUGGUAGCAGAGUCAUUUCACCACCAGCGCUGUGUGCUGAAGGUAGAGGCGUUCCUGCACACAUGGGCAGGAGGGGAAAGGAGGCACCUCCUGUGCAGUGCAGCCACUGAUGGCAGCAUUGCCUUUUGGGACAUCACCGGCCCCAUCACGGAUGCGGUGGAUGCCCUGCACCAAGCAGAGGGAGAGAUGCAGCCCUUGGCCCUGGACACCCCACUGGUCACCGUCAUGGCCCACAGCUGCGGCGUGAACAGCCUUCACAUCCACGAGACACCCGAGGGACGGUACCUGGUGGCCAGCGGCAGUGAUGAUGGCUCCAUCCAUGUCUGCCUGCUGGAGGUUGCCCUGGGCAGGGGUGAGGCUAUAGCAGGGACCUGCUUGCAGGUCCUGGAGCGAGUGUCCAGGCCUUGUGCUCAUGCUGCUCAUGUGACGGGGAUCCGGGUGCUGCGGCCAGAUCUGCUGCUCUCUGCCUCAGUGGACCAACGCCUGACGCUGUGGAACCAGCGCCCGGGCGAGCUGGUGCCCCUCAGCACUACCUUCUUCCAUGUGCCUGACCUAGCCGAGCUGGACUGCUGGGAGGUGGAGGCUGGGGGGGAGCUGUGGUACUACUGUGUGCUCUGUGGGCAGGGCCUGGAGAUGCUGUGUGGCACAGCCUCCUCCAAACCUCCUCCUCAAGAGGCUCCCCAGUAAUGGGGCAGGUGUGUGACACAUCCAGGUCCCUGCCUGCAUUUGGAGGGCAUCUUGCACUUGGGCUCUGCCCAUCACUGUGGCACAUGCCACAGUUGUGGUGCUCAGGGCCAGUGGUCUCUGAGAAGAAGGCAGGUAUGAUCCCUCCUGGACAAGCCUGGGGCUUCCCCAUGCAGUAAAGAAGUGGGGUUGUGGAUCCCCACUGCCCAAGAGCAGUUCUUCCUCUCCAAGGUACGAAGGACCCAUGUUAGCUUUCCAGACUUGGUCUCAGAGAAGAACCUUGCUUGGGAGGGCACUGAGGACAUGGCCUGGCCCUGGGAGCUUGAGAGCAGCAGGUGGCCAGCAAGGGUCAGGCACUGGUGUGACACAUGGUGGGCUGCAGCCUUGUGUGUCCUGGGACAGGGCCCUAUAUGACAGUCUUGACCCUGCAGUGCUCAGGAUGGUGCUGAAAUGGACAGGGAUGCUGAUUCUCCACAGCAGCACCCUGUGGCAUGAGUGAUGGCUGGGCUGACGACAAAUGCCACCCAUCUCAGGCCAAGUGGGCUGUUCCUACACAGCAGCAGGACCCAGGGCAGUCAGACUGAAGGAAAGACAGACAACCCUGAGGUCAGACACACAGAUUUUUUGUCCAGCAACAAGUGUAUUGGACCCCAGUGCUGGGGCCUGGCUCAGAGCCCAGUAGGGGCCUGGAGCGUCAGGAGCUCCCUGCCAGCACGGAGCACCCUUCAAUAAAGUUUUGAAGGAAGUGAA